GUAACUGGAAGGAGGUAUCUGACUUCCUGGUUGGCAUUGCGUUGUGUUGUCCUGCUUCCCGCAAAGCUUUGUGGAUCUAACAUAAACGGAAGCACAGAAGUAGUUUGGUAACGGCCUGUUUUAGGGCUCGGUCCCUGCCCGUCGUAGCUAGCACACGGAGAGGCGAAUAAUCGAGUCGUCGAACCCGAGGCGGAGGUGAAAGCUGGAGCAGAGCCGCGCAGCUGUGGGGAGCAGCUGCCCGCAGAUGAGUGAGGUUAGCCGGGACUGAGCUCACAGACUCAGCGGUGGAGGAGACUCUCUCUUAGUCUGGGAUCUUUUUAUUUCCAGCUACUGGAACUUACUCAAGGACCUCAGGGAACUCUUUGAGACUACAGGAGGGUGCGAGGUAAGCGUUUGUAAGCCAAAGAAGGAGUGAAUUUUGACUUUAUUUUCCCUGUUAAUCAGAUUUUAAAUGGCGUAAAUCCAGAUAUCCUGCUUGAGAGGACACACUCAGUUCCUGGUUGGGUUUAUGUAUUGACUUCUAAUUGUCACGUCCCUGUAUUUGUUAAACACCUGAGUGUAAUGUAAUUCCCAAUUAUUCCCGUCUGCAGGGAGGUCAGAGGUCAAUUCAACAAGAAACCGAGCCACCCAGAGAUAUACUUGCUGUAUACAUGGGUGGAUGUUUGGGUGGGCCACCUAAAUACAUGUGUGGGUAAACACUGGACAUCCAUUACUCCAGAUUAAAACAACUUAAAGUAUACCUUUGCAGAGUUUGCCACACCAGUAAAUACUGCCAAUAUAAUGAACAUAAUUUGCACAACAACCAUAUAAAUCAAUGUAACUCAGUGUAUCAUGUAAGUUUCACCGGUUCACGACUUUAAACCUCUUUUUUAUUCAUGUCUUCAGUAUUUCCAACUACUAACUUGACGAUUUGGUAUCAGGUUUGUGAAUCCCCCCCAACACUGAAACCUGUUUUCCCAGAUCUAGGCCCCACCCUGCAUCUGGAUGAAACUUAGGUGACACAUUUGCACCAAAUAACCCUGAGAACGGUUGCAGGUUUAGGUAGGAUUUGGCAGGACUUAUAAUGGUAUUAUGUAAAAUCACUUCAAAUUGAGAAUUAUACUCAUGGAUCACAGGAGCUUCUUGUCCAUGAGGGCCACCGUCACUUCACUGGCAAGAGGAGUGAGUAGGGGAGCAUGCCGGUCCAGUAAUCACAAUGGAAAGAUAACGCAAAACUAUCGAAUUUCUACAUAUUGCAUCUUAAAACAAAGCACAAAUUUAUUUAGACCUCUUGAUCCAACUGCACAAAGUCUAUAUUUGAAGACUGGGCUGAAAGCCGUGUUUCAAGAUAUUUAUUUAUUUAUCAACAAGUUUGAAUAACGUAGACUCUCCUCAGAGAUGCACCAAUUCAUUUUUUUUCCAAUCCAAUCCGAUACUGGUACGUGGGCUAAGCAUAUCGGCCGAUAUCUGAUGCCGAUCCAAUACUACUGCUGAAUGAAUGAACUGUAUACCUAGCACUGUGAGUGAAGGCAUCAGGCUUGACAUUAGCCUUGUUAAAAAAAGGUAACAAAUUAAGACAGGUAUAACUUUACUUAAUUUUAUUUAUCAAUAAAUAACAAAUUGCACAUUAACACACAGUAUAAAGACAGAAGACUUCCAUGUAUUAAAAGAAAAAUUGAUUCACAGAAAAAAAAAAGGGAUCGGAACACUAGAUCGACAUCAUUCAUCCGAUAUCCAAUCCAGUUAAUUUGUCGAUAUCGGACCCAAACUCGAUCGGUGCGUCCCUAAUUUGGAGAGCAGGCUAAAAUUUGGGUUUAAAGUUGUUAUUUAUUUAUCGACAAGUAUGAAUAACAUAGACUCUCUUCAGAGACCUGAGAUCAGCAGUAACGUCGUCACUUUUCUUUCAUAUCAGCAGCAGAACUACGAACACGUCUCUGCUGCCUGGAAGUUUCUUUCUGUGAUCCAAUGAAAGCCCAAAGAUGAUGUAUGGAAACAGUAAAGCACCAGCGCUCAAAGCCAAGACAGAUGGCUCUGUAAUCCCAGACUUGUAGUGAAAGUGAUACCCAUAGACUGAUCAGACCUCCAACCUGACCUCCUGCUGCACCCGACUCCUGCUGAGUGAUGACACAUGUGGUCAAAGGGUUAAGAGCAGAAACACACAGCUUAGGCUUCUGUUACUGUGUUUUUAAGAAGUAAUCCAGACCAGUAAAUAACUUUGAUCAGACGAUCCCUCAGUCUCUGGAUAGUUUUCAGUAGAGCUGGCAGGUCCUCAGUCAUGUCGACGGAUAAAUCCAGGUUGUUCAGGAAUAAAUAACUCAAGGGAUACCACCAAUGGAGGGGUUUCCUGUCCAAAAUAAUGUCUUUGUUUGUUUUACUGCCACUGGAACUGGGCUAACUCCAGUGAUUUACCAUUUUUUAUUCCCAUGUGCUCGUUGCGUAAGCCUUUUCAGGGUUUGUUUGAGUUAUAUCAUCCCUGUAAGGCCCAGUUCAGUUUUUCCUCACGUUGAACAGAAUGGGAUUUAAUGCUGGAGAUUGUUUUGUAUUUUUUGCAGCAUUCCAGCAAAAACAAGGUCUGUGUGCUUCCAAGUCCACAGAGGUCACAGGAGUUAUUUUUAAAAAAACACUUUAAACAUGAGUCAUGAGUCUUGUGGCUGCGUUCGACUGUACUUUCAGAAAUGCUCUGAAUAUUACUGUGAGGAUAUUUACUAGGAGAAAAUUUUCUGUGUUAUUAUUUAUUAGUAAAACACCGAAACUCCCCAUGAAACUAAAUCUCCUCACUGGAGCUUUAAAUCGAGUCUUCUCUCCAACCAGCUCCCUCGAAGGUGAAACAUAUUGCACCAUUUUAUCAAGACUGAUUGUUUUGUUUAAGGAGACAUACUUUAUGUGGCUGUGCUGGCAGGUAUCCCAGCAUGCUUUUGGGCUGUAGCAAAUCAGCUGCUCGCAACACACAAAGAAAGGAAGCAGAUUUACAGCCCCGCCAGUUCACUCUCAGUGCGUCCAUGCGAAAGUACAUGCUGCUUGUACGAACCCAAAGAAACCCAUUGUUUAUAAUUUCACAAUUAAUUAGACUAUAAUCCCCGUGUUAUUAAAGGUCUUAUACAGCCAAACUGUUGGCUGAAUUAGACACCGCCCUAUUGCAGUGAUGGUUAUCUGGCAUUAAACUCAAAGUAUAAUAAAAGGGAUGUAAAUGUUGUUGGGUUUGCGGGUUAUUUGGUCAUUAAGACCCUUUUUCCAGUCUCAAUAAAAUCCAUUAAAUCCUUGUUUAAAUAUUUAAACAAGGGAUCUACAAAGUGAAGUUUCAGAACAUAGUGAUAUCAUACCCCAAUUCCUCUUGUUUGUGAUUAAUCUGACAGGCUGUAAGGAAGUAUAAGGAACGAGUAGUUGAUGGUAAAUAAUCUGCACAUGUCUCUUGUCUCUCAGGACUCUAACAGGUGGGUCUUUUAAUGUGCUGUGAGUCAGAGGUCAGGCAGGGUGUGUUGCGGUGUGAAGAAAGAGGUCUGAUAAUCGCUCUGAACUCCGGCUGUAAUUGACAAAGAAACGUGCCAGCUUAAUCUAAGAAUGACGUUGGUGAAUUUCCUCGAGAAAUCGUUUUCAAUCUGACUGAACUCCUGCUCUCGAGGGAAGCAUGCUCCUCCGCCAGGGUCAUUGACCAAACCCUAAUUAAAAUGGACAUAAAAGUGGGAUUAGGCUAUCGCUCAGCUAAGCCUAAUGGACGGAUUGAAUCCUCAGGUAUGCCUCAAGCAGUCUGAUUUUACUCACUUUAAGCUCAGGUUUUAGGGAGAAGAAGGACUCGGAGGUCCAGCUUAUCAUCGCUGAGAAGCUAUUAAAGUAAAACCCUGACAGUUUUUAUCUCCUCUGAGGUCAAACUCAUCUGCUCAGCCUCGUAUUUAUCACUUUGUUUUGUGCUGCAUUUUUUGGUCUAAAUAGAGAGUGACAUUCAGCCUUUCUGUCUCUUUAUAACACUUAAUAUAACUCUUAGUAGAGAGUUCAAACAGUAUAGAGAAGCAGUUGAGUAACCUUCAAUAUCAAGGAAUAUUGUCUUUUGUAAACAAAACAGUGUCUCUUCUCUCUUCGCUGCUCUACAUCUCCCUCACCCUGCUGUCUUUAAACAGUCAUGUCACUCACUUUAGGUCUUAGCUGAUCAAUUUUUCAAAGACUGUUUUUCUGCAGCCUGCUGAAACCCACUUUAACCAACACCCGCCAAGCAUUGGUUACAAACAUGAGGGCCUGUUUCCACUAACAUUGUUUUCAUGCACCGACAGGGCCCCUGACCUCAAUUUCAAAGUGCUUCUUUCUUCCACACACUGGUGCAAAGUUACAAGAGUUUUCACUGCACUUCUGCUUCCUCUAAUAGUAACUAAUCGGUCUGAUGUAUAAUGCUCUGUGCACUUGAUAUCUGCAAAGAAAACAUGAAACACCUAACCUCAUACAAACAGAAGAAGAGUGAAUGUACCUGAGGUGAAGUUGCUAAAACUUCUGCAGAGUUAAAUAUUCACAUUUUAGAAAUGUGACCUUUUGUGUGUGGGUUCAAGUCUACUGUGUUAUCUGUGAUAUUCUUGGUCGGUGAAUAUGGAAGUCCAAAAUUUCUUGUUUAUUAAAAAAAGCUUCUGAUUUUUAAAGAUGUUCCCUCUUUGUCUAGUUUUCUAAUCAGAUCAAACGAAGCAAAUAAUCAGUUUAAGAUUGUGUAACCGUUCGCUUCCUCCCUAAACAGACACCCUCCCUUGUUGACACGCUCUCUCCUCACAAUCCCUGAUCCUGAUUCUCCACUUCUUUUUCUCUUUAUUUUCCAUCUCACUGCUUUCUCUCUGCUCCCCCUCUUCCUCUCCAUCUGUCUCUCCUCUCACCUCACAGUAUGCAGCUAGAUCCACGGGCGCUGUAGGAUGAAGAGCCCGGCGCACCGCACCAGGGACAUCGAGCGGCAAGCCGGCUACCUGAGGCCCGAGCACUGCGCCCCUCCCCCGCCCCGCACUGGCUCUGAAACCAUGUGGUUCAUCCGCGACGGCUGCGGCAUCGUGUGCGGCGUCAUCACCUGGAUGCUGGUCUUCUACGCCGAGUUCGUGGUGGUGUUCGUCAUGCUGCUGCCCGCCAAGAACGUGGCCUACAGCCUCUUUAACGGGGUGCUCUUCAACGGCCUGGCUUUCCUCGCCCUCGCCUCUCAUGCCAAGGCGAUGUGCACAGACCCGGUGAGUCACAAGCUUUAGUUAUUUUGUGUACAAGAAAAUUUAUCUCUUCAAUUCACUCAGUCUGUCUCUAAACUCUUAAUUUUCAAAUACCAACCAACGUAAACUUCUUAAUAACAGUAGCAAAGUUUACAGUACCUGCAGUUGUGUCUUACCCUAGACUGUGAAUAACAAAACCUCCUGUACUGACCUCAAUAAAUAAGCAUAAGGCUAAAGAGUGAAGAUUGAGCCAGGUAAGAGAGUCAUGAUCGGAAUAAGUGUUUACAUGGACGUGUUUCAGAUUAACGACCGGCAUAAACCACCCCUCUUGAUUGGAAUACAAUUUCCCUCUGAUCGAGCCGAUUGGAUCAGAAUCUUCUGAUCAAUAUGUUUACAUGACGCAUUUUUAUUCCGAUUAUUUGUGCCCAUGUAAACGCAGCUACUAUCACAGAUAGCAUUGAAACUAGUUUUGACUCAAUGGCAUGAUCCAAAGAGAUGGUGGGGUUAUACCUGAAGAGGGGUUGUUGGAUGUCACUGGUACAUGGAUGUAGGUCUGGCUGGCAAAAUUUUUUUGGUAGGAUAGUAGGGGAAAGUCCUGCCCUCCUUUGCCUCUUAUUGGCUAGAAAUGCUGGGCUCUGAUUGGUUAUUCCUUAUGGCUGUGAAGCGCAUCGUCUGCCAGGUUUAGGGUUAGGGUUAGGGUUAGGGUUUUCAGAAGUGCGAUAAUGUUCUGGAAUGUUCUGAUCGAUGUGCAGAGCCAACAGCCUGCAUUUGGCUUAAGAGUGUGCUGACGUUUCCAGUUUUUCUAGCCAAUCAGAGGUGAAGGAGGCGGGACUUUCCCUUACCAUCCCACAAAAAAAUUAUCGCGUCUGGCUGCCAGAAGCACACAAGUUAGGCUACAGUGUUCUGCAGACUGAGUCAAGUCUGCCGCAUAAUUCAGCUAAUUUGGGAAAUAUGGUAAAAACUGCAGUAACAGAAACUUUUAAAGGUUGUUGUAGAAGUAGUUUACUUCUAACAGACAACAUUUAUUAACUAUAUUUGACGAUCUUCUUCUCUCUCUAUGCCUCUUACUCAGGGUGCUGUACCGAAAGGGAACGCUACCAAAGAAUUCAUCGAAAGCCUGCAGCUCAAACCCGGACAGGUGGUGUACAAGUGUCCAAAGUGCUGCAGCAUCAAGCCCGACAGAGCUCACCACUGCAGGUACAGCCCAGCGCUCACUGUGCAUGUGUAGAUUGUAGGAAAGAUUACAGCUCCCCCGAUGCAAACUCUGCAGCUUUGAAGAGAUGCGUCUGGGCGGGUUGGGCGUUCUGCUGAAGUCUGCACCUUACAGAAGAAACGCAUCUCUCUCACUAGAGGGGGGGGACUCCUCUCUCUACAUCUGUGUUUCAUCCUGCCUGCUCUGGCUCUCCUGCCUCCCCUGUGUGUGUUUCUCCAGUUUUUACAGUAGCUGUGGAGUAUUUCCCUGCAGAUUUUGCAGCUUGGUAAUUGGGAGUUCCCUCUGCGGCUGCCCGGUGGUUUCCUGGGAUCUCAAGGCUUGAAAAGUGCAAAAACAGCGCAGAGUAAUUUAAUUGUAAAACAAAUGAGUCACUCUGUCCCAGAGGCAGAUAUUGACGUUGGUUGAAUGAAGUCUCUUUUUGCUGAAUAUAAUGCGUCAUCCAUGUGGGUGGUUAAGAUGAUACACUUGUCUCUGAUGAUACAAAGAGUCAUACGUUACACUCAGGACGGCUUAUUAAAUAUAGAUUCCCUUCAGAAAGAGUGCAAACAAAGCACACAGACAGUUUGUAUAGAUGAUGGAUCCUGAAUUGUCAGACUUGGCUUGAGUUGACAACCAGCUUCUGUCCUGAGAGAGUAAUAAACCCCCUGACACAAACACCUUUUGAGUCAGUCUGCAUCAAAACGUAUCUCUCUGAAAGUCUUUGUCUGUUUUCACUUCUUUUGCAACCUCAAAAUGUCAGAAUUUUCCCCGUGCUUAUUUUUUCUCUCUGCUCUGUUUUGUCUGUUUUGUGUCCACAGUGUGUGUAAACGCUGCAUCAAGAAGAUGGAUCACCACUGUCCCUGGGUGAACAACUGUGUCGGGGAGAAAAAUCAGAAAUACUUUGUGCUGUUCACAGUGAGUUUUAGUCCUCGGGAGCCCAAAUUUUUGGGACAGCAGGGGUGUGUCCAGGGGGUGGGCAGGGGUGGUUAUAGCCCCCCUUGAAAUGUGAUCGGCCUCCCCAAAAUUCUCAAUUAUGAAAUCAAUAAUUUAGGUAGUCCAUACUGUGGAUCCACAUGGUUACAGACUCAAAUUCCCUGCUAAUGUUUCUGCUGCUUUUUCCUUCAUGUUCCUGUUAAACCAGAAAAUCACUUUCUGAACUUCCUUGUGCCUCAAGUCUUUGUUGUGCAGGUCAUAUGCUCACAAUAUACGGUGUUUAAGUAGUCCUAACAAAACUGGCUUGGGUCAUUUACUUAUGAAUCAGACUGAAAGGUGAAGUAGGCAGGAAUCCAUUAAAGAAGCAUCUUUUUUGUGGUGUAUGUAUAAAAAAGCUUUUAAUAUCAGUCAAUAGCUAUUAGUUAUUGAUGACAUUUGGGAACAUAAUGAUAUUGCUGUGUUCUGUUAUGUCUGUGUAGUCAACAUUUUAAAAUCUUGAGCAGUCCGCUCCUUCUGUGUGUAAACAAAGCCUCCCCGACCUGAUUGGUUGUGAGGCAGACGCUGCUCCAUCAUGUCGUUCACGAGCCCAAACAAAGUUAGCAUGCUACAAUAUCGGUCAGUAGAAAACAACCAGAAAGGACGGAAAAUUUUCUUAAUCCUCCUUUGGCCACAACUGCCAACACAAGCAAAAAAGCAAAGUAAAUACCGGAGACUCUGGCGGAAUAACAGGCGCUUAAGACAUAUCAAAAUCAUCUGGACAAGAGCUGAAAAGCCAGGUCAACAUCAAUGAAGCCGAACGCUUCGCGGACGUUUUGGGAUCUUACGGACCCUGUAACGUUUCUGCUGAACAGGUAAACCGCUUUAACAAAAUAAGCCAAGUGUAACAGAAGUGUUUCUUGUCAAACGGGACCUGCUGUGUGUUGUAGCACCGCUAAACUGUUGACCUCGGGUCCUGGACUAUGUCACUUUAUCCUAGUUGUAGAAGUCCUGCAAACAUUGUGUUUGCUGGUCGUCUGUUGGCAUCUACAGUAGCACCAAUGCUUUUUACUUUCACAAUGACUGGGCCUCAUCUGUAAUUAUCUGAAGUAUUUAUCUGCAUUAUAUCUGCGAGCGAGCAGGAGCGUCUGUUUGUGGGUGGGGCUUACUAGAGCAGAGAGGGAGGGGAGAGGAGGAGCUGAGGGGAAAACUGGUCAGGAGGGGUAGAGUUUACUUUUAAGAUUUCGCCUAAAAAUGGUCACUUCCUCAGAUCCUGCCUACCCCACUUUUAAAGCUUUCAUGGGUGCAGCCAGGUGUCAUUUUCUAAGUAAUGAUACAAUUCAAUCAAACAAAAAAAUAUGUAUAAAUAACUUCUAAAACAUGUUAAUUCAAAAACUGCUCCUUGUUAUGCUCCUCUUUUUCCUGCAGAUGUAUAUUGCACUAAUAUCCUUCCACGCACUCAUCAUGGUGGCAUUCCACUUUGUCUUCUGCUUUGAGGAAGACUGGACAAGUAAGUCAUAAACUGCCGUAGCUUCAUCGUCACUAUAAUUCAGAUUAAGUUAUAGUUAAUGACGGAGAGUAAUUCUCAGAUCUGCAUUAUUAAAUAAAAAAAAACACACUCUGCUGUUUUACAGUUGUAUUGACGUUGUUUAUUUGUCUAUAUCCUGAUGGAGUUGAGUGUAUUGUUUAUAUGCUUCAUUCAUAAAUGCAAUAUAACAUUAUUGCACACAGGUAACCAACAUUUCCUCUUCUGAUUUUUCUUCUUCUCCAGAGUGCAGCAACUUCUCCCCACCAGCCACUGUCAUCCUCCUCAUCCUCCUCUGCUUUGAGGGUCUCCUCUUUCUGAUCUUCACUGCAGUCAUGUUCGGGACUCAGGUCCACUCCAUCUGUAGCGAUGAGACAGUAAGUCAAAGACAGCCAUGAUUUCCACCUUUUUCUAAAGUCUGAUUGUUGAGUCAGAUGUUUGACCCUCCUGAAGUGACUUUAAGCAACUUUCUAAAUCCCACCAGCUCUGUAGAAAACGCGUUGAACUGACUUUGACCUCCUCUGGUUGUUGGAGUGAACAAAGCAGGGCGUACUUUCAGAAACGCUCUUAAUUAGGAAACUGAUUGUUAUUGCUGCCAUGGCAACAGAUUCUUUCCAGCCUCCUUGUGGAGUGAAUUAACAGUGAGAUGAACAUUUAAACUUACAGUCCAGUUAAAACAGUUGCCUGUUUCUCGGUAAUAACCCUCUUCCUCUCUCUUCAGGGUAUUGAGCAGCUCAAAAAGGAGGAGAGACGCUGGGCCAAAAAGUCCAAAUGGAUGAAUAUGAAGGUGGUAUUCGGACAUCCCUUCUCAAUAGCCUGGCUCAGUCCCUUUUCAUCGCCCGACCACGGCAAAGCGGACAUGUACCAGUACAUUGUGUAAAUGCUGGAAACAGAGCCGAGCUCUGCUGCUGUGGACUCAAACCUGUGGUCUGCUGGACCUCAAUGAGCAUGAACUCCUCUUGACCAAUUCCAUGUCUCCUUUCCUUUAUGGAUGUCUCAUUUAUUGAUACUUCAGGGUGUUUUGCUGCAAGCUGUCACAUUGUAAACACAUGUUUAUCUUUUAGAAACUUCUCAUUUCUUCCGUUUUAUCGUUUCCUCUCGAGGCUGACUGAGAUUGAUGAGGUGUAGCUGUACAGAAAACCUGAACGAGCUGAAAAACUCAAACAAAGCAGGAACAGCUCAGCAAGGAGCACUUGAUAAACGUCACAAAAACAUUACUAAGAGACUGAUUUCUGCCUUGUUUGGAGUAAUAUCUUCAUGCUGAGUUUGUCUGAUCAUUUCCUGCUUCAAAAACUAGACAAUGUGAACUAAAAACUGAAGUCCAGAAUGUUUCCGCACAAAGCAGCACAGUCCAGGUGCCAAGACGAACUCUGGGGUUGUGUCUUCCUGUAAACUUAGUGACAGGAUAAACUGUCGAAUCUGUCCUUUGCUGUAUUGAAGUCUUUGCCUUAGAGAACAGUGCAUUAGUGAACAAUGACACCUGUUGUUUUAAGGACAGUUUUAUUAUUUUUGCCUUAAUGUGACUGUCAGGGCGACGCAGGGUCACAUUUGGUGAAACGCUUCUUUAAAUAAGUAGUUUGAUGACAGAUCACUGUGAGAGACAUUCAAAGGUUAUAAAAUCGAGGAGUUGUAAGAUUUCUAUGUAGGUGAAUUGACGACACCUGUGGUUACUGUGAAAACAGCAGCUGGAAUUAGAAAUGCUUCAGCAAACGCUCAGCUCCUUUAACAAGAACAGAAUCGCAGAGCAACGAGUUGAUUUAUUAAUGAAGCAGCGAAAACAAAUUGAACUCAAACUUUACGGUUUAUCUUCAGGUUUCUUGUCAGUAAAUGUAGCUUUCCUCAAAGUGAGUUGGUCUGAUAACACUAAACGGCUCUAAUUUGCCAGUGUGGUGCUCAUGGUGAAGAAAAUGUGCAAUUUAGAGAGGCUGAUACAGGAUCGUAACAUGAAGGAAAUCAAAAUCUGUUAAAAUUUAAAGCUCCUGUGAAGAAUUUUCAACUUGGAGCCCCCUGUGGACAAAGUGGUCUUUCCCUAUCUUGUCUGGCAAGUGCUUUAAAAGUGUCUUCAGAUAACAAAUCUCAUCCUGCUGACUUUCAAUAGUCAAAUGUGUGUUUUAUUUAAAAUAUCUUAUGUGGAAAUUGCAGAAACAGGUCAAUUUCAGGCAAUUUCAGAUUUCAGGCAUUGAAAAUUUACGAUGUAAAAACAUUGAUCAUGUCGCUGAUGGUCAAGUUUGCUUUCAUAGAUCAACAAAAGGCACCAAUAUGAAUUUCGGUCUGUUUCAUAGGUUUUACAAAACUCUUCACAGGAGCUUUAAUGACCACUGGUAGUAUCCGAAACCUCAGUCCAAUCCAAAGAGAUCUUGAGGACCUGAACUUCGACACUUUGCAGGUUAAAAUCUGCGUCUCGGUUGUACUAUACUAAACGUGACUCUUGAGUUUAAACAUUUAUGAGUUAGUUUGAAAAGCAUCCUCUUUUUGAUUAUCUGUGUGUAGUAAAUCAAACCAGCAUCUUUGCUAACUACAUGAAUAUUUCUGUCACAGUCACCAGCUCAGAUGAAGUCAGGGAAUAAAGCAAUAACCGUUGCUCUCUGAAUGCACUGAACCUUCGUGUUAUCCACUCGCUCUGAACGGAGGUAAUUUAACUGGAUAAUCCAGUUUCAGUCAUGAGCUUGAACCGGAGAAGAAGAAGAAGAAAAAAAAAAGCCGUGCAAGGGUGGAAGAAUAAAACGCUGAUUUAUGUAAGACCAGUGUAAAUUAACAACACCAGGACCCGUAAGAGCAUGGUUUAAAUGCAUGUUUAAAAAGUCACAUAACAAACGCACCUAAUGUGAAGAGGAGAGUUUGAUUUUUAUUUUUGUUAAUAUGAAUUUGAUACAGAUAGGAAGCGUCACUUCAAAGCAUUUAAUGCGGGGAUGCCUUUUGUGUUUGAAAGCCUUAUUUUAACAAUCAUGUUUUUAUAGACGGAGAAAGGACAUGAUGAUAACACAUGAUGCCAAACUGAAUGCUUAAUCACAGCGGGGAUUAUUGUUACUAACUUUGUGUUAAGCUUUUAAAAACCACUUUAGUUUUAUAACAACUCUAUCAUUAUAUUGACAUGCAUCUUGCUUUCCAGUUUACAAGUACAGCACACCAGCUUUCUUUUCUUAUUGAACUGUUGAACCUUCAUUCUUUGUGGUCAGGUACUGCUUACUGUGGACCACAUGACUUAUUCUUUUUUUUCUUCUUUUUGACUGUGGUAUUCGUUUAAAGGGGAAUUAAAUAAAACAGUAUGUUUGUGACACAAA